ACUACGUGUAUAUAUAUAUAUAUAUAUAUAUCCUAUUAAUUACUACAAGCAUGUAUACUAAAAAUUGUAUCAACUGAUCAAUCGAAGAGGUAGAAGUUGGAGAUUGGAACAAAGAAAUGGAGUACACUUGCAAGGACUUCAAGGUGGGGAAAUGUGAGGGUGAGAAGAUGGUUGACGGCGAGACGAUUCCGCUCGUGCUGCAGCCGCCGGAGGUGGCCGGAAAAGCCUCCGUCGAGUCGUUAUUGGAAGCUAUAGUGAAGAACAAGGAGUGGUUCGAGGAGAUGAUCAUCAAGAAUAGCGCGGUUCUUCUACGAGGAUUCGAUGUCCAAAACGCUGUCGAGUUCAAUGACAUCGUCGAGGCCUGCGGCUGGGACGACAUCCGGUACGUCGGGCCAGCGCCGCGAACACACAUACACAAGAGGAUUUGGACAGCCAAUGAAGGACCCUUGUCCGAAUUCAUAUACUACCAUCAUGAGAUGGUCUUGAUAUCAGAGUUUCCGAAGAAAGUGAUACUAUAUUGCGAAGUGCCUCCGCCGGAGGGUGGCGAGACGCCGUUUGUGCCUAGCUUCCGCGUCACCGAGAGAAUGUUGGAGGAGUUUCCGGAGUUCGUCGAGGAGCUAGACAAGAAGGGGCUACGGUACACGUUCACUGCUCUAAGUAAAGACAACACGGGUUCGAUGAGGGGGCGAGGAUGGGAGGACACCUUUGCAACAUCCGACCGUGACGAGGCAGAGAAACGGGCGAAAGCGUUAGGGAUGGACGUGGAAUGGCUACCAAACGGGGGAAUAAAGACAAUAUUAGGACCGAGGAGUCUGACACGCGUGUUCGAUGGAAGAAAAGGGCGGCGGAUGUGGUUCAACACGAUGGUCGGGAUGCACGGGAAGGAGCUGAGCUCGGCGAUGGGCGCGGACGGGACGGAGAUUCCGGGGGACAUAGUGAAGAGAUGUGGGGAGAUAAUUGAAGAGGAAAGUAUACAAUUCAAGUGGGAGAAAGGGGAUGUGUUGUUCUUGGACAACUAUGCUUUGCUCCAUGGUCGAAGGCCAUCACUCCCACCAAGAAAAGUGUUGGUUGCUACUUGUAAGUAAAGUUCGACAGAUUUGGAACAGACAUGGAGAAUAAGUACAAGUAUGGUUCUUGUAAUAAGCUGUUUGGUAACACUAUGCCCUCCCCUGUUUGGUAAAUAAAUAUCCAUAUUGUGAUCAUAUCUUAACUAUAAGACAAAUGAAAGAAAUAAUUUCCUGGCAUAUGCCUCUCCUCUUCGGCUACUCUUUUCUUUUGAUCCCGAAGCUUUGCCCUCGGCGAUUUGUUCAAUGCAUAAUCAUCAGAAUGCCGGGAAUCAGAAUUUCUCUGCAGUCGCACCAGUACAGGUUCUGCUUCUUUUUUCUUGUUCACAUCUUCUCCUGGUGCCCAAG